CCAUAUUUAUAAGGAAAAAAAAACAUAACUAAUUUUCAUAAAACGGCACCCUUGACUGCGUUUAUCCCAAAAUUUUUGAAAACAAAACAUCCAGUUCCCACCAAAAUCAUUUUUAUGAAAUCCUAGAAAUACAAAUCCAAAUACUAGAGAGAGAAACUGCAAAAUUGAAAGAAAACCUAAUCCUGUAGAGAGAAAUGGAUGUGAAGCAAGCUGGUUCAUCACUCGAUUCACUGAUUUCUUCAUUCAAUACUCGAAUCGCUGAGUUACAAGAACUCGUUAUUGCCCGAAACAUGUAUCCAGCGAGCAGCGUCACCGAUUUGAAGGCGGUGGACGCAGCAUUGAAGGCGAUGGAGCUGCAAGUGCAAGCCAUCAAAGACCGCUUGCGUGAGGAGACCUUGGCGAUCCCUAAAGCUAAAAAACUAAUUGAAGCAUCACUAAGGCAGCAGAAAAAAUUGCAAAGUAUGUCUGUACAUGUGCCAGAAAGAACAACCUUCUCGAAUUCGGAAAUUAAUAAUAGAAGCAUUCUGCCAGAAGCAUCUAAUCAACUUCCUGGUUUUGGUCCAUUGAAACCUGAGGAGCCUGUAGCAACACACAAGGAGAAAAAGGGUCGUAGCUCUCCACCAUUGUGGUAUAUAACUGCUGCUGAGCUGGAUUCCCUAUCUUCAUACAUGAGAGGAAGGCUCACCCUAGAUAAGGUCAAUGCAGCUAUUAAUGACAUGGCAGCAUAUGCUGAUUCAAAUUCUCAGCUUAUUACAGCCCCAAAGAAGAAGCUGGCAGAGAAUCUCUGGGAAAAAGCAUUGGAACUAAGGGAUAUUGCGAUGACAGAAUCAAUAAAGGGAAAACACUUUUUUCUUGAAACUGACAUGAAAGGACCUAGCAUGAAGCUUGACAAUACAGGAAAAGCGAUUUUGACUGUUCUUCGCCACCUUGGUCGCAUCAGUGAGACUCGAAUUGGGCAUCAUCGUGUUAUCAUUCUUUCGAAGCCUCAAACUUGAUGACAUCUAAAGUAUGAAACACAUCAUGAAUAUAAUAACUUCAAGGAAUGUAAGUGUGUGUUUCAUAUGUGAAAAAAUACAGAACCGUGGUCAAGGCAGGCUAUGCACCCUCUAUGAAUAACAUCUUCAGUUCCCUGCUUUUGUUGCUCAUCAUAUUUUACAAUUUCUUGAGUCUCUGGCUUCAAGAACUCUCUUGCUCGUUUCCUCUA